AUGCAGAACGAGUGGAUAGACAUAGGAGAUUUUUGCAUCCCAUUAGCAUUAAAAUGGCGCACUUUAAUCUAUGAUUGGUCGCCAGCAUUGCUAAAAUUCUAUCUCAAUGCGUUCCAGAUGACUCUCCCAGAUCAGAGGAAUUUAGUAAGAUGGGGUAAAAGUACCGAAAAAACUUGCUAUAUCUGUGGAAAGGCAGUUGGAACUGCUAAGCAUCUGCUGGUGGGAUGUAAGGUACUCCUUGACAGCGGUCAAUACUCGCGUCGUCACGAUAGGGUUCUAGAAGUCAUACGUGAAGCGGUUAGUCUUUCGGUAGCCAGAGCGCAAAAGGGAAUAACCACAAACGAACGAUCAGUAGGUUUUGUGAGAGAAGGCACUAGGGCUACAAAAUCAAACGUCAAGCCUUACUCCAUCCUUAAAGCGGCGUCGGAUUGGACUAUAAUGAUGGACACGUAUGAAAAACAAUAUAAAAUCCCCGAGGAUAUUUGUGCGUCGGCCUCCAGACCGGAUAUAUUUUUGUUUUCGCGAAUUUUAAAGCGCGUAGUGAUGAUAGAGCUUACGGUCCCUUGGGAAACCAACAUCCCCAAAGACCAUACCAUCAAGGUCAACAAAUAUUACGAGCUCACAAACGAACUCACUCGAAAUAGGUUCGUAGUAGAUUUGUACGCGGUAGAGGUGGGAGCGAGAGGUAUAACAGCGAAAUCUCUCUAUAACCUACUAAAGGACUUGGGCUUGUCCAGAACUCACAUUAAUGCAUUCUUGGAACGUACAUCGAAGGCAGCCCUAGUAGGUUCUUUUCAAAUUUGGUUAGGUAGGGAGAGGAGCUUGGACAGUGGAGGUGAGCGUAUAACGCGCGUUAGUUAA